AUGUAUUUGAACUUGAAUGCGGUCGCUAUUGUUUUGUUAUGUUGUGUACAAUUUAGUGCUUCAUUUAAAACAAAAGAUGCAUCGUCAAAAGUGUUAUCAAGACGAAAGAGAUAUGUCGCCUUUCCGGAAGGUUCCAGUUUUUCAUGCGCUGGUUGCUUUACAGUCGGUGUGAUCGGCCAGCCUGCGCCAUCAUCAGCCCCUGGUACCUUCAGCUUCAGUCUCAACUGGGCCAUAGCGUACGAGCUGCCGAAUGCCACAGAAGCUACACUUUACUACCUCCAGAAGAAACGCAAAGAACAUGUUCAGAGAAGAAUCAACAGGCGAGAGCUGUAUGGGAAGUUGGAAACCAUUUUGGACAAUAUGGGUUACAGCGGUAGAGCGUGCAUUCUCAAGACUCUGUGUGAAACGACGCAAAGACUCGUGCCUCACGGAGGGAAUGUCAUAGAAGAAAUGUUCAGAACUUUGUUCACGAUGCCCAUCACUAGAGUGCUUCCUACGGAACCUGUAGAGCACACCAUCUACGACGCUGCACACCGCUUAGGACGACUUCUUGAUACUUGCGACAGAUACCAGUGCCCCAUAUCUCUCGUGGAUUGGGUGCAAGGCUAUUAUGAUGCUCCAGCUCCUAAACUUGAUAUCACGAAGAACCCUUGGGCACUGUUCAGUAGUACUUUUAGUUAAGAUACUACUAUGCUAAGACGAGUUCCUUAAGCUUAAGUGCAGUAAACAAGGACAUGCCAACAAUUUUCCUAUAUGGGAAUAAGUUGGAUAUCAAUAGGCUGGUAUUAAAUAAUUGUAAAAUUCUAAAUAAUAAAUAGAUAAUUACCUAA